AUGACUUACGCUCAAGUACUCUCACCUCUUCUUGCAAAAUCACGAAUCCUGAGUACUCUUUUUUUCUCUGAUAAAGUCACAACUCAUGCUUUUUCUACCUCACAACCUUAUUCUCUUCGUCAAUCUCGUUUUCUUUCAAUUGAUUCUCAAUACCGAUUAGCAAAUUUAUUCAAGCAAAAGAAAAUACUCAAACUUGUGAUUUAA